UAAUAUUUCGCCGUCGCCAAAUACGCCUCUCACCACGGGUCUGUCCCGGUUUCAUAUUCUCUUUCUUACUGUUUAUUCCCACUCACCUUUAUUCUGCCCGCCCUCUCUUCCUCCUGCGGUCCAUCACCCAACCCCUAUCUUGCCUUGCAGUUUCCAACAGACCAGAAAUUUUAAUAAGAUAAAUGGAUGAAUCUGAGAAAAGAAAGGAAAGGUUGAAAGCAAUGCGCAUGGAAGCUGAAGUGUCUAAUGACGUCGAGACUUCUGCAAUGCCUGGUUGCCUUUCGAAUCCAUUGAUCGAGACACCAUUGACUAUGGAGAAUGACUUUGGUGGAGCUCCACGUUUCGACUACUAUACUGACCCUAUGGCAGCAUUUUCUGCUAACAAGAAGAGGGGCAACAUUCAUAACCAGAAUGUGCAACAAUCUUUUACAUCGCCAACUACCAGUGGUUGGCAUGCACCGUCCCAUCCCGAACCAAGGAACUUCAAUAGGGAUUUGCCUAUACAUCAGAUGCAAAGCCAAUUUUCGCAUGCUCAAGUUGUAUACAACCAUGGCCCAUACAACCCAAGAAUAAGAAGUCCUUCACUCAUGCAUCAAGGCCAAUCUGAUGCUUGGAAUGGAUCACAAGCCACUGAUCAUUAUAACUUAGUUUCUGAUGGAACACUGAGAGGAAUGUUUGGUAAUCCUCCCAGGCAUCCUGGAACUUCUCAAAUGGCCUGGAAUCCUUCUAAUACAUCAACUUAUGGUAAUUUGCGCGGCCCUGGCAUUUCUCUAGCAGAUAGACCUAGUGUCAACUAUGGAACAGCCAGGCCUCGAAUGUUUGGUAACAGACCUAUCCUUGAUCAAGGAUCUGGAGGUAAUCCUUAUUUAAGUCCAGGAAGAGGCAGGAGUCAUGGAUACAGUGGGAGCAGCACUCCUGGUUUAGGAAGAAGUUUCGGACGAGGACAAGGCUUUCAUGGUCGUAGCUCAGCAUCAAACAGGAUAUUAGGGCCAGAGAGUUACUUUGAUGAAUCCAUGUUGGAAGAUCCUUGGCAGCAUUUAGAACCUAUUCCAUGGAAAGGACAAGAAGCUGGAAUGGAUGGUUCGAGCACUCUGGGCACCUCAAAUUCCUGGCUUCCGAAAUCCAUUGGCCCAAAGAAGGCUAAAGUUUCAGAGGCUUCUUCAAACAAGUUCAACUCUCAACAAAGUCUUGCAGAGUACCUUGCUGCUUCAUUCAACAAAGCUGUUGAGGACACAGAAAACGAAUGAAAGUUGCUCAAAUCUCCCAAGAACAGCCACAAUUGGCUUGAAAUGAGAAGAGAUCUUUUAUGGCCACUUGAUGAGAUUUGCUUUUCUCCCAUUCUCAUUAAUCUCACCAGAGGCUAAUCUUCGAGAUUCAAAUUCGAAGAUUUCUAGAUGAACCCAAGAUUAUUUUCAUCAAGUACAAGCAAUGAUUUUGGCAUUUGAACUGUGUCUGGGAUCUCACUCAUUUUUGUCUUAAUCAUGUGACUCUAUAUGCAUUUCAUUUUUAGUGUUUAUAGCUUGUUCUAGGAUGGCUCACUAUACUCAUGCCAUCACUCAUAGAAGCGACAACUUAU